AUGGUUACCUUCGCCCUGCCCGGCGACUAUGACGCCGCGGACGCUGGAAACAGCACGCCCAAGUCACGUCCUCCUCUUCCCUUCGCGAAGCGCACAUACGUCGCGACGCCCUUCGCCAAGCGCCUGGGAACUCCCACGACGGCCACAUCCCGCAAGCUGCUGAUCAACCGCGAUGCAAACGUCCACCGCGAUGUCGCCUCGUCACGCACCAACCUCUUCGGCGCAACCGCUGUCGACAGCCCUCCCACGGCGAGCACCUUCUCUCCCACCCUGCCCAAGAGCACGAUGAAGAAGGUCUUCGCCCCCGGCGUGACUCCGGAGCCGAGUCGUGUCUAUCGCGAGACGACUGCUCGCCCGACGCCGCGCGGCCUGGCCGCCAACGCCUCCGACAAGGAGCUGUUCAACAUGCGCAUCGCAUCGCCGCCCCCAGAGUUGACGGGCGAGGUCCUAGCGAGCAAGGUCCCGAAGGACUGGAAUUCUAAGGGAUCCAUCUACGCCGACCAGUUCCUGGCCCACCUCUGCCCCCCCAACCUUGACGACGAGCAGCGUCGCCAGUUUUUCUGCAUUCUCGAUCUGCGCCGACUGAAAUACGCCGCCAACGAAAUCUUCUGCAAGAAGAGCUGGAAACUCAACAUUAUGAACUUUGCCAAGGAGUUUGAAAAGAGCAGAGGCAUCAUCCUUCUUCGAUAUGGACUCUACGAGUUCCAGAGCGUCAAGCCGUCCAAGGAAGUUCUCAAGCGAUGGCGACGAGAGCAUGGCUUGCCCGAUCCCGACGAGGAGGAGGAGGAGGCUGCCGAAGAGAUGAACGGCACCCCCACCAAGCGAGCCCCCUCCAUGAAGCGAAAGGCCGAUGACGAUCUGUCCAAGGAGACUGCUGAUGCUACUGAGAAUGUGGCCACGGCAGGCAAGCGAAGGGCUACCGUCAGUGACGAAGUAGACGAGCCCACCGCCGCUACUCCGGCUCCCAGCAAGAACAAGAGAAAGACUUCCACCACCGAGGAGUCGCCAUCCAAGCUGCAGAAAGCGACGCCUUCCAACGCCAAGUCUCUCUUCGAAAAGAUUGCCAGCAAGCCAGCCAUUUCUCCAGCCCCCUUCAAGGCGGCCGAGAAGAACGGCGCCAAUGGCAAACUUUCCCGCUCCGUCUUCAACAACAGCCUGAAGCCUCCGGCGAACGGCGUCAGCAAUGGCAACAACAUCUUUGGUUACCUGUCGGAUGCUAGUUCUGCCAAGAACAGCGGAAUCGAGGCCGACGCCGAAAGCGAGUCUGAAUCCGACAAUGAAGAAAUCGAUGAAAACGAGGAGACGGAGGAGGGCCAAGAAGCCACUCAGAGUGACACACCCAGCGGUCCCGGUGAGGCUUCGCCUCAAGUUGGAUCCAAUCUGUUCAGCUCUAAGCCAUCGACCCUCUUCGGCACCGGUGCCUCUACCACUGCGGGCACCAGAGAAAGCACCCCGGGGCGCAGCCUGUUCGAGCGCAUCACCAAGGGCUCUGAUGGUCAGCCCAUCCGUGCCGACGACUCUGCGGAGGAGGUUGUCCCCAAAGCCUCAACCCUCAAUCAGACCUGGAAUCCCGCCAGCACUCCUCUCAAGUUCGCCCCUGCGGCGCCUACUUCUCAGACUGGGUCGCUCUUUGGCAAGCCGACUUCGACUUCUGCUGGCUCCAUCUUCGCACCCAAGAGCACCGCACCAUCCAACAUUUUCGGCCUUUCCAAGCAAGACCAGAGCUCCAAGGCAAACACGCCUGUUUCGGAGACGGACAUGACUGGCGGAGAGUCUGAUAAGGAAAAUGACUCCCAGCCGGCCAAGAAGAUGUUCUCCGAACCCAAGGUGUCGGCCGUCCCGCCCUCGGCGGCCUCGCUCUUUGGCUUCAAGCCCGCUGCAGCCGAGCCGCCCAAGCCCAGCGAGCCCGCCAAACCCAGCGAACCCGCCAAACCCAGCGAACCCGCCAAACCCACCCUCUUUGGCAUCAAGCCAGCUCCUCCUGCUGCCCCCCCUGCCCCGUCUCGUUCCCCUAAGCUCAACCUCUUUGGCGGUGCCUCUGCACCGCCCGCAGCUCCUGCGCCAGCUGCUCCGACGAACCUUUUUGGCACCCCAGCCCCUGCCCCUGCCCCCACGUCUACCAAUCUUUUUGGACUUGCUUCUGCUUCCGAGCCUGCAAAGGCGACGCCGACCCUCGGGUCUGGCACAAACUUGUUUGGUACUGCUCCGGCUCCUACCACUUCUCUGUUUGGUGCUCCAGCCUCCGUGGCGGCGAAGAAGGAUCCCUCUCCCCCUGCUAGCACCCAGCCCGCGCCUUCGUCCCUGUUCUCCUUUGGUUCGGCGGCCGGUUCCAAGCCGACCGAGACCUCUCAGGCGGCUGCCAAGUCCCUGUUCGGCGCCCCGAAGUCCCCUCCUGCUGCCACAUCUAACCUGUUCUCUGGAAGCCCAAUGAAGCAGGACGACGCAUCGCCGGCCAAGAAGCAGUUUGGCCUCGGCACAGAUACUUCAACUGCGCCUCCCCUGUUCAGCUUCGGCACAGCCGGCACGACGGGCAGCAGCUCGGGCUCCAACCUGUUCGGAAACAACAAGAGCUCGACGCCCACGCCAGCCCCCAUUUUUGGCGCUGCUUCUUCAAAUGCCCAAUCGGGCUCUGGAGACAACACUGGCAGCGCCGGCGGCUUCAACUUCAACUUUGGAUCGGGAGGGGCCUCCGCCUCCUCGGGCGGGUUCAGCAACCCCUUCUCUUCCGGCACUACUGGUGGAAACUCGACCCAGGCAUCGGCACCGACGUUCUCUUUCGGAUCGUCUUCCCAGCCAGCAGGCUCGGGAAGCACUGGAGGACUGUUCCAGUUCGGCAGCGGCAGCAGCAGUCAACCCUCGCAAACCCCGGCACCGCUGUUUGGUGGCGCCUCGGCGUCGACCAGCAGCGCGCCGGCCUUUACUGCCCCGGCUCCUGCGAGCCAGCCGCCGACAUCCAUGUUCACCUUUGGAUCUGGAUCGAGCCAGCCUUCCGCCGCCGGGUUCAACCUCGCACCACCAGCUGGUGGGUCGUCGACCACCGGGACAAACUCUCCAUUCAACUUCGGGGGAGGCUCUAGCUUGGCCACCACCCCAGCCGGAGGGACUCCGGAGCCAUCGGCCCAAGUGAAGUCCAGCACUGGCGCUGCUGCUGAUAACAAUGACGAGGAGGGCGAGAAGCAUGAGCAGAUCAGCCUGACGGAGGGUGCGGAGAAGGACGAAGACAUCCUGCACGAAGUUCGCGCAAAGGUGCUCAAGUUCGUCCCCAUGGGGGAGAUUUCGGAGGGCGAGGAGAAGAAGGCGAAGAAUCCCUGGGUCACCAAGGGCGUUGGCUCUCUGCGCUUGUUGAAGCACAAGGAAACCAACGCCGUCCGCCUGCUCUUGCGAGCGGAGCCCAGGGGCAACGUCGCCAUGAAUCGCAUUGUAUUGCCGGAUCUGUCGUACAAGGCGAGCGAGAAGUAUGUCAAGAUGACCACGUCCAACGAAACGGGCGACGGCCUUGAGACCUGGAUGAUUCAGGUCAAGACAAAGGAACUGGCGAAGGAGUUGGGCGAUGCGUUGGAGAAAAAUAAGGCGUUCAACAAGAAAUAA